UGUGAACUUCGUGUGGCGCACGAGCUGGUCGUCGCCGAUGCGGCACUGCUGUGGCUCGUCGGACAGCCACAUCCGGCAGUCUAUGCUCCGGGUGUGUUCGCAGUGAUCCGUUCUGCCUAUCUCAGCAAAGUGGAUCGGCAACUGAUCGUCGAGCGUAUUGCUACCUUACAGAUGCCCGAAUCGGGUACUCACAUUAACCGUCACCUGUGCCGUUGCGGUAUUCCGGAUCCAGAAAACCGUCCAAAGGAGACGUCGCUCUCACUCAGUAGACCUCGUGAAGGCAUCAAAUGGAGUGAAAAGAAGCUCGAAGAACCUAAAGAAAAACGGCCAAAAUCAAAAAGCAAAAGGAGUCGCAGGCGCAGCAGCAAAUCGUCAAAGAAACGUCGACAUCGAGAAAAGGCGAAGGAGCUCAAGGGCAAAUUGAAAAAGGCUUUCUCGAGAUCUGGCUCGGAAGCCGAUAAAGACGAGAAGUCGGAGAAAUCCAGAAAACACUCGAGAAGCUCUAGGAAAAGUCACAGCAGGAAGAGUUCUCGUUCUAGUAAGAAGAGUUCUCGUUCAAAAGAACGAAAAGAAAGAGGUGAUGAGGACAGCGACAAGAGUAAGUCGAAAAAACGAAGCGACGACACGACUGAUCGAAGCAGGCGCAAGUCAGAAAAAUCGAGCAAGAGAAAAUCUGAAAGCAAAGAUAGAGACGACAAAGGUUCACCUUCGCUGUACCCACUGGCCUCGAAUACCAUCUACGACUGUUCCCUGAAAUAC